GUUGUUUAUUUUCUCAUUAAGGAAAGCAGGGCGUGCAAGACGUUCUGCUUCUGGACGAGGAAUGGACGCCACUCAAGUCAUCAACGACUCCAUCUUAGAGACAGAUGAGGAGGAAAAUGAAGAAGUGAAGACAAACAAGGGGCGGCAACCUUUAGCCAAGCUGUGCAUCUUGAAGAAUGAACACGUUCCUGAAAGAGAAUUUCCUCUUUUUAUGGGGGAUAACGUGCUUGGUCGUGACAUUGGCACCUGCACGCUGCCCCUGCCGGCGCCCUGCGUGUCCAAACAGCAUGCCACCAUCUGCAUCUCCGUCCACCGCAGACGAGGAUCCCGCAGCGGGGUGGAUAUGGAGGCUUUGGUUUGGGACUUGGGCAGCAUGAAUGGCACCCGCAAGGGCCGCCUGAAGUUGACUCCCAACGUCCGUUAUGCACUCAGCGAGGGGGACCGUCUGGUCAUGGCAGACAUCCCGUGUCAGUACGUCAGCAUCAGCGACACACGCGAGGACGUCGUGGGCGGAACGUCAGAUGUUCGUUCCAGUUUUCCGGGUGAUUCUGUAGAGGAGAGCGAUAGCAUCAAGGUGAGUGCCAGCAAGGUGUCACAGGCUUCAGCUACGGUGUCAUGUUUGGGUGAAGAAGAGAAGAAGCCUGCACCGAACAGCUGUGUGUCCUUUGAGGCCACUUCAGUCCAGCUGCACGGGACGGUGGUCCCAGACUCCGAAUCAGACUCUGACGGGGAGGGGCCAAGGCACAGAGAGAGCAGGUGCAAGGUUCUAGGGUCUGAUUCCGACUCACAUAAAGCCACCCCUACCUGUUCAACCUUUCUUAGCCCGACCAACAAGAUAGUCCCUGAAAGUCCCUACUGUGUGGAUGAAAGCCCCAUCACGCCGUCCUCGUCUACCAGAGAGAAGCCUCACGGACAUGUCAGCGUCAGCAAAAAGGAGCCUGACGUGGUUGUUGGGCGACAGCACAAAAAGAACACUCUUGAGAUUCUAGAUGACAGUGACGAGGACAAGGCAGGCGCAGUGGAAAAGGGCCAGACACCGGGGAGGGCCACGCUCGAGGAGAGGGAGCACAGUGUGCUCGAACAGCUGAAAAGCAAAGCCAGCUUUACAGAGGAGGAGUUGUCGCAACUGUCCACAAGCACCGUCUCCACACUUGCCAUCCCUAAAUUUAACAUGGACAGUGACACUGACAUGGAGGAGGAUGGUGGCAAGGCUGAAUUGGUGCCAGACCGGAGGGCGAACGCUGCAUGCUUUCACAUGGACAGUGAUACAGAUGUGGAUGAAGAGGGCGACACAUCCUCACCUCCUGUACACCCCGACGGGCCUGUCAGUCACAUGUCAGCCGAUGCUAAAAAAGCUGAUGCGGCACCUCCAGUCCUGCCAGAUGACUUCCAGCUCGACAGCAACACAGAUGUGGACGAGGAGGCUGGCGGCACCACCUGGGAUAAGACACCUUCCAGGCUACACUUGAUUGGGGAGAUUUCGAAAUCAGAUGACAACCAAGCCCCCGUUUUUAAUACACACGUGAAUGUCAGUGAUUCAGCUAUGAUAUCAAAUGACAGCAAUGCGGUGCGAGAUCCUCCUCACUUGUCACCUGUCGCCACCACACCCUCCUCAGUUACUCCUGGUAUCACCGCAGCAGCUGUCCAGUCGGACUCUGACGCAGACACCGACGUGGAUGAGUCCAGUGCGCCCCCUGCUGACGGGGAGAGUGAUACAGAUGUUGAUGAAGAGAAGAAUCCAAUAAUUCUUCCAGGGAUAAAACCAUCUUGUUUGCAGGCUCCAAAUUUGCAGCACUGCUCUACCCCUGUGCAACUAUCAGAAAGAGAAGUAGAGGAGAUGGAGACCCAAGCUUUCCUCAGUCCCUCUCUGGGUCCGUUUAAACAUAAGUUAGACUAUUUUCACAUUGCAGAUGGAUUCAACAGUGCAGUAAGAUCUGCAGCCUUGUCUUCAUGCUCAGACAGCCAGGAGGAAGAGGAGGACUUUAUUGUUGCUGAGACGCAGUCCUUUAUCCUUCAGACACGAGGGCAGGUCCAAAGUGGCCUCCAUGAUGCCAGACAAGCCUCAGGGUGUGAAUCAUCCAGCGAGGACAUGGAAGAGCUGCCUAGCGGAGGAGUGUCUUUACAGCUGGGGUUGUCUGACAGUAGCCACCUGGAGAGUGCAGGCCAGGCUCUGGCGAUGGAGAGCACCCAGGCCUUUGUCUCUGUAACUGAGGCUGAUACCCAAGCAUAUGCAAAUAUUUCAAGCGCAGACCCAGAAUCACUUGGGAAUGACUUAAACAUGGAGGCCACCCAGCCCAAUGAGGUGCUUGCCAGGAGUCCAGUGUUGCUUGAGGUGCAGCAGGUAAAUUUGGCUUUACAGGAAACACAGCCCUAUAUUUUGGAGCCCUACAGUGAGUCUGAAGAAGACCCAGGGGAAGAUACAGAGACCCAACCUUUUGACUUGCCCACCUCUUCAACCCUUGCUUUGGCUGAAACCCAACUCAUGACUGCAAUUCAUGAAGAGGAGCGCCCGACUACAAACAGUCUCACCCAUUUUCAACCAAACCAGAUUGCUAAAGAAACUGAUUUGAGUUCUUACAGUUUGGCUGAUAAUUGUCAGCUUACAAGUAUUGCGGCGACCCAACCUAUGGCUACAAGUGAAAGUGAACAAUGUUAUGAGGACUCGAUUCCAGUCUUGCGUAACGGGAAGGUACAGCUUAAUGAAGAGAAUCAACCAAAUGCAAAUUCUUAUGAUUUAGCUGCUAAUCAUCAGCCUUUGAGUAUAGCUGUAACCAAGCCCACGGCUGCAAGUAAAAAUGAGGAAACUGAUGCCAAAAACGUGAUUGAAGUCACAUGUGAAAGUAAAGUGCAGCUUAAUAAAGAGAAACAACCCGAUAUGAGUGCUUAUGCUUUGGCUGUUGCAACCCAACCUAUGGCGAUAAGUGAACAUGAGGAAUGCGCUGGUGAGGACUUGAUUCCAGUAUUACAUGAAGUAAAAGUGCAGAUAAAUAACAAGACUUUACCCAAUACAAGUUCUUACAGUUUGGCUGUUGCAACCCAGCCUAUAGCUGCCACACAGCCUUUGGCUACAAGUGAAAAUGAAGAAAGCGAUGAUGAGGACUUGAUUCCAGUCUUUUGUGAAAGAAAAGUACAGCUUGAUAAAGAGACGCAACCCAAUACAAGUUCUUACAGUUUAGCUACUAAUCAUCAGUCUACGAGUAUAGCCCCGACCCAGCCCUUGGCUGCAAGUGAAAAUGAGGAAACUGAUGUCGAAGACUUAAUUGAAGUCUUGCAUGCAAGUAAGGUGCAGCUUGAUAAAGAGAUGCAACCCAAUGCAAGUUCUAACAUUUUGGCCAUUACACCUCAUGUUGUUAAUAUAGUUGUGACCAAACCUAUUGCUACAAGUGAAAAUGAGGAAAGCGAUGAAGAGGACGACUCAAUUCCACUCGUGCGCAAUAAAAGAAAAGCAAGGCCGCUACAAAUAAAUGAGGAGUCACAGUCCCUCAGCAGUACUCUUGAAAUCCCAAAAGAAAGUUUUAAUGGUAAAAAUCAUUCAAAGUACAGAGCUGAAGGCCAAGGGAGCAGUAAUGAAUCUCCAUUAGUAACUUCAAUACAACCAGAUCAAGAGGAGACUCAGCCUAAUCUUGACACCCUGCCUAACGAUGACAAAGAUGAAUCAGGUCCUGCUCAAGAGAAAAUAGAGACUCAGACGCUUGUGAAUUUUGAAGUCUCUUCUGCUGAAACUCAGCUCAUGGACACAUGUGAAGAUGAAGAGGCUGACAGCGAGAUCUUGGUCCCUGGCCUGAGGAAAAGAAAAGCCAAACCACUGCAAAUUGAAGACGAGACACAGUCACUCGUAUGUUCUCAAGUGGAGGAGACCGAGACCUCUGCAGUUGAACAAAAGCCAAUGAGUACUAGUGAACCGGGCCCACAGGCUCUACACAGUCAAUCUAAAGUUAGAACCAGUACCACUAAACACUCAAGAAGAACACCUUCACUACUAAGAGAAAAGGAGGAACCAAUAGAAAAAAGACAAGCAAUUGGCAAUAAAGCCAGAGGAAGUGUAGGCCUGCUGGGGAGCAAGAGUGAAGAUGAUGCUAUGAGGCAGCAGACCAACCUUUUUGAGGUCCAAAAUAGGGAGCAAGAGAGACGACGAAACGAAAUUGCACAGAAGGAAAGAGAAGAAACAGAAGGGGCGGACGAACAAAAAGGACGUGAGAGACUGGAAACAGAAGCUAAAGAUAGACAGAAACAGGAUCAAGCAGAGAAAGAACGUCAACAAAACAAAGAAGAAAAACCCCGGGCGACACACAGAGGCCAAAGGGUGGCCAGAAGAACCAUCGCCGUUAUACCCGCUCCAGAUCAAGAUGAUGUCCCAGCCAAGAGGACUAGAUCCCGCUCCAACUCAUCCAACUCCGUCAGCUCCGAAGUGUCCGCUUCAAGCACUCAAGGGAGUCAGGGGCGAGGCCAAGGGCUGAAAAGGUCCAACGGGCCUAACCAGGCACCCAUCACGAGGAGGCGGACAGUGGCAGCUGGUCUCACAGAACAAUCAGAGCAGGGCAGUUGCGGAGCUCCGUCCCCAGGAGCACUUUUGAGAUCCAGCUCACCCAACGCCCUUGCUUCGGAGAUGUCCUGCAGCAGCAGCCUCGUCUCUCAGAGAGGAAGAGGAGGGAGACGAGGAGGAGGAAGGGCCAAAACGGAACCCGGGACCAACUUUAUCCCCCCCAUAUUCAGUCAGAAUCUUGCUCCUAAGGCUACGCCACAAGGCAAGAGGGCCAGGGAGCCAGAGCUGUUAACCACUAAGCUUUUUGAUGAAGCUGAGAAGGAGAAGCCAGAGUCAAAACAGGCAGCUGCCACUAGGGGGAGGAGGCGAGCAAAUGUAAAAGAACCCUCGAACAACUCCGCUGCUGAAUCUCCUCUGCCUAAAAGAAAUAUCAGGGCCAGAGUGCAGAGGACGGUAAAAAGUGAAACUUCUGAGGCUCUAAUAGCUCCCCCAGGCAGCCAUGAAGGUGUGGUCAAAGACAAGAGGAAAGGAAGGAAGAGGGUGUUGGAGGCAAAAGUGAAAGAUGAGAACCCAGUUCCGGUCCAAGCAAAGAGAAGAGCUAGGGCGUCCUGCCUUCAGCGGGGCAGGAAUGCUAAGGAAUCUCCUCCUGUCACAGCCAUUGAGGAUGGAAGUGCAGCAUCUGGCGGUCCUGGCAAAAGUGCACAGCCUCAGAUGCCAAUCAGCAGCAAGAGGAAACCGCGAGAAGCUUCCAUAGAUUCCUCUCCCAUGACUUGCAACUCUUACGCUUCCCCAUUACUGAGUCGCCGGUCACGAGAUGGCAGCCACUCUUACAAGGUGCUGUUCACGGGGGUGGUGGACGAUGCCGGGGAGAGAGUGCUGGCCCGUUUGGGAGGCGUUUUGGCUAAUGGCGUCGCAGACAUGAACUGCCUUGUGACCGACAAGGUGCGCAGGACUGUCAAGUUUUUGUGUGCGGUGGCCAAAGGAAUCCCCAUUGUCAACACACACUGGCUGGACAAGAGCGGUGAAGCCGGGAGCUUUCUGUCUCCUGACGCCUACAUCGUGAAAGAUCCAGCACAGGAGAAAAAGUUCAAUUUUCGCCUGCAGGAGUCUCUGAGGCUCGCCAGCAGCCAGCCUCUUUUACAGGGCUAUGCGAUCCACAUCACCAAGUCGGUGAAGCCCGAGCCGGUCUACAUGAAGGACAUAAUUUCCUGCAGCGGAGCCACCUUUCUCCCGAAGAUGCCUUCUUCACGCAAGCCUCACACCAUGGUGAUCUCCUGCACGGAGGACUGGCCGCUGUGCCUUGCGGCCGUCUCUGCGUCGCUCCCGGUUGUCUCGGCCGAGUUCAUCCUCGCUGGGAUCCUGCAGCACAAACUGGACUUCGAAACCCAUAAACUGUCCGGCCCGCUGAGCCAUCUGCAACCUGCCGGCGGCAGAAGGCCGGGCAGGAAGAAGACUUAGCAUCAAGGAACAGAGAUCCCGCCAGAAUUUACAUCAUCAGAGCCGUAACUGUUUUUUCAUAGAACCCAGACCUCAGCAUCGCACGAUCAGAUGAUUGGUCUUCCUCUUAUUCCCCCUUAUGUUAACGGCUCUGACACUGCCCCAGGACAUUUUCCCCCAUUUUGGUUUUUGCGUUUUUUUAUAUAUAUAUAUAUAUAUAUAUAUAUAUAUACAUACACACACACACACACAUCAAUAUCCCAGCAUUUACAAGUGGUGUGAAAGGGCCUAAUGACUCAGCUUGACAGGGAAACCUUAUCCCCCGCCAUGUGCUUGUUGGCGUCAUCGGUAGAUGCCUUCAACAAUCGCCCGCAUUCGGUUGCCAUGUACUUACAGAAAGUACUUUUUAAAAAAGCAUUAUUUAAACCGUGCCGGAUAGGAAUAAUGACCCGCUAAUUAUCCCCGGCCGUCGCCUCCUCCCCGCCGAGCCGAGCAGGAAUUAGCGGCGCUUUCCACGGCUUCGCUGUAAUCAGACACUGUGAAAGCUGGGAGUUGUGUAAAUCAUGUUUGUGCGGCGAAAUAUACGAAGAAAUAUGCUUCUGGAAAUCCAUCAAAUGUUCGGCAGGCUGGAUGGUGCGGAGGCUCAAGUUUCCUGACAUCAGAAGUGCACGGGUGCCUUUCCUUUUUAUAUACUGAGAUGAUAAUGAACAUAGCGGAGUGUCCUCCCAUCUCCAUUAACCACUGCCGAACGUUCCAUUAGGGCCUCAUCCCCUCCUAUUAGCUCCCCGGACGAGAAUCGGCUUCAGUCUUUGUAAGAGACGGUUUUCAGUCUUCAUCAAUAUCUUAUGCGCUCUGUCCUGGCCACGCAAUCAGCCAGAAGGUGUGCCGGACUUGGCGGCAACCCGCGUUCGUGGCGGCAACCCGCGUUCGUGUCGCCAUCGUCGUCAGCAUCAAAUGUGUGCCUUUGGCAUUGAAAUCCGUUUGAGCCUUCAUACCGUAAGGAUAUCCAGCUUAAGCUCCAUGUAAGAGUACGCUGUUUGUCCUCACCGAUAAGACAAUUCAGCAGAGUGGUAGAACAAAUGUGUCUUACUGGUCAUUUCUUUUCCACUACUGCACUAGUUAACAGCUGCGUGCUACUCGUCCUACUAGUGACAUUAUGAAAUUCUCCUACUCUGAUGCUUCAGCAGUAAUGCCAGUAGCUCACAGAUGUCAACUAAUGCACCUUUUUGCCUCACUUGUCACAUGUAAUUGUUCAACUUGUAUGUCCAAGUUGUCUCACUGGUGUGCAAAGAUUUCUCACAGCAGUGGAAGGAAGUAGUAUAAUGACUGUCUUACUAGUAACGUUUUUCUAGUACUGAUAUUUUUGCACCAGUAGGUAAACUUUGGCAUAUUAGUAGAAAGACAACUAGUUACUAGUGAGGCAGCCUAGUGACAUCUGUGCACUUGUAAUAUUACUAGUGAAGCACUAGAUAAUAACUAGGAGAAUUUGAUUUCACUAAUUGUACUUAUCGCAUGCAGUUGUCAACUAGUGCGCAGUUUUACCUCGCUAGUAACAUUUGGUGGUUCAACUAGUGUGUCAAAGUUGUCCUACUCGUUGAUUCAAACCCUUCCUUGAUAUCCAUCUUAAGGUCCGUAUACUAGUAUGAUCUUUGUCCUCACUAGUUGACAUCUGCAUAUUCGUAUCGGUGCUACAAGUGAAGCUGUGGAGGUCAUAUAGAAAGAUUUUGUCACUUGUAGCACGCAGUUGUCAAUGCAUCAUUUCUUAUCACUUGUACAAUUCUACAACUAGUAUCCCUAAAUUGUCCUAUCGGUGUGCAAAAAUGUCAUACGGUAGUGAAAGUCAGUAGUAGAAUGACUAGGGUGCAUUAGUAGAUCUAGUCUUACUAGUAGUGUUUUUCCACCACUGCAUUCCAAUACUGCACACUAAUAGGACAGAUUUGACAUACUGUAAAACUAAAACUACUUUACUCAUGAGGGAAAAUCUAUCUACGUUGUUGACAUCUGCACACUACUCGUGAUGUGCUGAUAACUCAAAGAAUUGUAUAAUAUCUGUAGUACUACUAGAAGCAAACAGUAGUGAACUAGUGUACAGUUUUGCCUCACUAGUAACAUGUCCUACUAGUAAGUUGUCUCACUAGUGUACAGAAAUAGCGUUCUAAAAUUCUCCUUAUUAACAUCGAGCACUUUCGUAGUAGUAGUAGUAGUAGUAAUGGUGCGCAGAUGUCAACUUGUGCACAGUUUUGCCACACUAGUAACAUGUAGUUGUCCUAAUAGUAUGCCAAAGUUGUCUUACUAGUGAGGACAAAGAGCAUACUAGUACAUGGACCUUAAGAUGGAUAUCAGGGAUAUCAAAUAAAUGGCCAAAUGGCUUUCCAUUGAUUCCUGUCGGUGAGGGAAAAUAUAAAUGGAGAAAAAAACACGGACUUAAGGAUUAUUUCUACUGACCAAAUAAAAGAUAUUAAUGCACAUAUUUUGAUUAAGGUGUUUAUUUUUAACAAUGUGUCCGGAUGCCUUAUUUAGUGCCACGAGAUGGUCACGAUAUUCUAAACGGUCGAGUGCAGUUCUCCACUAUCACAUUAACAAAACCGUACCUGUCAGACGGAAAGAAAUUUGCUUUAUUUUUGGAAAUGUAGUUUUUUUGCUGCCGCUAUUGUAUUGAGUCUCAUUAGAUUGGCUUAAUGUGAAUAGUCAAUUGUGACGGGAAAAAUAAUUGACAUUUUAUGGAAGUUGUAUUUAAAAAAAAAAUAAUAAUAAAUAAAUAAAUAAAAAAAAGCGGAAUGAAUAGAGUAAUAUUAAAGGAAAGAAAGUCAUUUUGGAUAAAAAAAUAUGUUCAUGCCAUUUCCACUGUAUUAUCAAUGGUUAGUUUUUCUCAUAGGGCACAGGUGUCAAACUGGUGGCCCGGGGGCCAGAUCCGGCCCGCCAAGUCAUUUUAUGUGGCCCGCGAGAGUGUGCAUCAACUUUGUGUUUCUUGCUAAAAUACCACAAUUGCAAAUCGGCUUCACUUUUCAAAAUGUUGCGAUAAUUCUAGCAUUUUUUUUGUUACCAACCCCCCUUUUAAAAUAAAAUGGAUUCAUACUGUAGUUGAACAAACAGUUUUUUACUGGCUUUCAAUUUCAAAAGUAAUUAUCCAUUAAUUUGUGUAUAUGUAAUAAUACGAGGCUAUCAUAUGGGUUUGCAGCCAGAACGGCCCUCCGAGUGGAACCAUAACUGCGAUGUAGCCCGUGACAAAAUUGAGUUUGACACCCCUGUCGUAGGGUUAUGACUUUGUCCUAACAUUAUGACUUGUAACUUUUUUCUUUUUCUAUUUUUGUUUUGUUUUUUUUUUACUUUUGAAUUUUUUCAUCUCAUUGAGUACGUACUAAUGUGUAGCUGUACCUAAUCUUUUACAUUGACAAGAAAGUUGAAAACGACGUUUUUCUUUUUUGUGUGUGAAAAGACUUUAAUUGAGUUUAAUUUCCCAGAAAACAAAUGAAAAAGUCAUGAAGAAUAAAGUUGUAAUAAGAGGGUAAAAUGUCGAAAUUAUUACAUAAUUCUGUUAGCAUUAGGAAGGUAAUUUCUUUUAAUAUUUUGACUAUUAUCUGAGCAAUACGACUUGUAAAGAAAAAGUCAAAGAACAAAGUUGUACUAUGAUAAAAAUGAAAUAAACUUCGACGAGUAAAUAUUUUAGUGUCCUAAAAUUAUGACUUUAUUAUCUUACACUGAGGUCUUUUUGCUCUUAAUAGAACUACAUUCUGUUAACAUUCCGAUUUGUAUUCUUGUAAGUUUUUCUUCAAAUUUUUCCAUUGUGGCCCUAUUGAUGUCUCAUUAGAUUGUGCUUCACAAUCAAGUUGUAAAUUAUCACAAAAAAACAAACAAACAUGAAAGUUGUAAUUUCAAAAAAUAAAAUUCUAAUACUAUGAGGAAAAGUAGAGGCGUUGGUUAUCUUCAGUUGCAGACCUUUUACCCAUAUUCUUGUAACUUUUGACGUUUUCUUUGCAUACAUGUACCUAAAGAUUUCUCUUUGUUAACUACCUUAUUUUUUAAUGUAAUUUUAGUUAGUUAUGAUUUUACAAAUGCAAUCAUAGAGUGCUUGUCCUCAUAGUGAACUGACUUUUUGGCGAGAGAAUGGGGUACAUUUGGACUUUUUGGCGAGAGAAUGGGGUACACCCUGGAGUGGUCGCCUGCCAAUCACGAGACCAAAUGAAAUUCAUAUACAAACAGUGGUGGGACAUAAUGAAGUCCAAAUGUUGUCUUACUGUGCUCAUUUAGACAUUUUGGGUAUCUCUACUUUUCUGAUGACUUUUUGUGCUUACAUUUGAAAACCGAUGUCUGUACUUUCUACUUUGGUAAAACCGAUUUUUUUCAACCUUGAUGACACGACAUGAAAAAGACAUAGAGGUAAAGUCAACCACGUGUGAGAUCUGGGGGACUUUUAAGAUGUAAAAUUAGGGACUGUAGCAAAAUGAAGGAACGUAAACCAGGAACCAUUAACAACUAAGAUGUAACAGAUCUGGAGAAGCAAGAUAUUCCCCAUCC